GCAUGUACUGGUAUUGAAAAUAUUGAUGAAGCUAUAACAUUGCUUGAACAAAAUAACUGGGAUUUAGUGGCAGCUAUAAAUGGUGUAAUACCACAAGAAAAUGGCAUUCUACAAAGUGAGUACGGUGAAGAGACUUUACAUGGACCAGCAUAUGGCCCCACAAGUCAUUCUACAGCAGCUUCUUCAACUCCUUCCUCAUCCUCAGCAUUUCGCCAUGUAGUGCCAUCUAGACAAAUAGUGGAAAGACAACCUCGAAUGCUUGACUUCAGGGUUGAGUACAGAGACAGGAAUGUGGAUGUAGUACUUGAAGACAGCUCCACAGUGGGAGAUAUCAAACAUAUUCUAGAAAACGAGCUUCAGAUUCCUGCAUCUAAAAUGCUGUUAAAAGGGUGGAAGACUGGAGAUGUAGAUGAUAGUACUGUUUUAAAAAGUCUACACUUGCCAAAAAAUAAUAGUCUUUAUGUUCUAACACCUGACCUGCCUCCUCCUUCUACAAGUCAUUCUGGGGCCCUGCGGGAGUCAUUAAAUCAAAACUUCAUGCUGAUUGUCACCCAUCGAGAAGUCCAGCGGGAGUACAACCUCAACUUCUCAGGAAGCAGUACCAUUCAGGAGGUAAAGCGGAAUGUGUAUGACCUGACUAGUAUCCCUGUCCGUCACCAGCUCUGGGAAGGCUGGCCACCUUCUGCCACAGAUGACUCAAUGACUCUAGCUGUAUCGGGAGUGACUUUUCCUUGCCAUCGACUUACAGUUGGAAGAAGAUCUUCACCUGUACAAACGAGAGAACAGUCAGAGGAGCAAUGCACUGAUGUUCAUAUGGUUAGUGAUAGUGAUGGAGAUGACUUUGAAGAUGCUACAGAGUUUGGAGUUGAUGAUGGAGAAAUGUUUGGAGUAGCAUCAUCUGCCUUGAGGAAAUCGCCAAUGAUGCCAGAAAAUGCUGAAAAUGAAGGAGAUGCCUUAUUACAAUUUACAGCAGAGUUUUCUUCAAGAUAUGGUGACUGCCAUCCUGUUUAUUUUAUCGGAUCGUUAGAGGCUGCUUUUCAAGAAGCCUUCUAUGGGAAAGCUAGAGAUAGAAAGCUUCUUGCUAUCUACCUCCACCAUGAUGAAAGUGUACUAACCAACGUCUUCUGCUCACAAAUGCUUUGCGCUGAAUCUAUUGUCUCCUACCUGAGUCAGAACUUCAUAACCUGGGCAUGGGACAUGACAAAAGAAGCAAACAGAGCAAGGUUUCUGACGAUGUGCACUAGACACUUCGGGAGUGUGGUAGCCCAAACAAUUCGAACUCAGAAGACAGACCAGUUUCCACUUUUUCUUAUCAUUAUGGGAAAACGAUCGUCUAAUGAAGUCUUGAAUGUAAUACAAGGUAACACAACAGUGGAUGAGCUAAUGAUGAGGCUGAUGGCUGCGAUGGAGAUCUUCAGUGCCCAGCAGCAGGAAGACAUAAAGGAUGAGGAUGAACGUGAAGCUAGAGAAAAUGUGAAAAGAGAGCAGGAUGAAGCCUAUCGCAUCUCGCUGGAGGCUGACAGAGCUAAGAGGGAAGCACAAGAGAGAGAAAUGGCAGAGCAGUUUCGCUUGGAACAGAUCCGGAAAGAACAGGAGGAAGAACGUGAGGCUAUCAGGCUCUCUCUUGAGCAGUCUUUGCCUCCUGAACCAAAGGAGGAGAGCACUGAGUCUGUCAGCAAACUGCGUAUUCGGACACCCAGCGGAGAAUUCUUUGAGCGACGCUUCCUGGCCAGCAGCAAACUGCAGGUUGUCUUUGAUUUUGUAGCUUCCAAGGGAUAUCCUCGGGAGGAGUACAAGCUGCUGGGCACCUUUCCGAGGAGAGAUGUGACCCAGCUGGAUCCAAAUAAAUCAUUACUGGAGGUAAAACUGUAUCCUCAAGAAACCCUUUUCCUAGAGGCAAAAGAAUAGAUCAAACAAGAUUGUAGGACUAAUCAUCCUUUGAUAAGCCAGAGGCACAGCAUCGAAAGGAAGACUUCUAUCAACGCCACCUUGUACUAUCAUCCAGCUCAGUUCCGUGUCACAAUUUGCCUCUUGCAAGAAUCCUGAAAAAUUGAAAAAACAUAGCUACUUAAAGUUUCACACACAUGAGUAUAUGUUUCCAACCUCAUUUAAAUGAGCAGAGGAUAAAGUUCUGCUAUGAACACUGAACAUUAUGGUUCUGUUGCUCACUUAUCAUCCCGCUUUUGUUAUAAUUAAUGCACUGUUAAAAUGUGAGUGAUUGUUAAGUAGGAUUUUUACUCCUCAAAUGCCCCUUUUUCACCAAGAAAUCUUGGACAUUUCUGCCUGUACUUUUGACACUAGAAUGCUGUAUAUUUGAUAUCUCACUGAGCCAGUGCUCUCAUAUAUAUGCAUUUUAUUUCUGUGUUUGAAUUUCUACUUUGUCAACUAAUUUAAAAAAAACAAAAGGCAGAAAAAAAUUAAUGGGACAUUCUCAGCCAUGAAAAUUUAACAGUAUUAUAGUAGAAAGCAUAUAAUUUUUGUUAGUACUUUCUGACUUCUUUGAUAAGAUGUAAGGUUUUGUUUGGAGAAUAUAGUUUGACAUAUAUGCAAGAUAUUUAUUUACUGGUUCUGCUUUGGGUCUCAGUUCCGAUUCAGUUUAGGAAGUAUUUUCCAUUACAUUGCAGUGUGAAACUGCUUAUUGCAUGAUGUGAAUAUUUAAAUAACAUUAGAAAUGGCCAGUACCAGAGACCUGGUAUCUUGCCAACACUUCAGGAAUCAGCUGAUAUUGAAUAUCAGCUGUUAAAAACCUUUCAAAUACCAGAUACAAAAGUUCUUUAUUUCUCAUUGUGAAAGAAAGGGCAGUUCCCAUUUUAGCAGUUUUCCUUCAUUCUGGCACUUGCUUGUCUCCUAUUACUCUUCUGGUUUAAAGCACCUUGUUUGGUUCAUCAAACAAUAGGUAUUUUAAGGGGUGGUGUAAUAAGAAAUCUGCCUUAUUGUUGCACACUUUGGACAUUUUAACAAUACAUCAUUGAUCCCGUCUCAAAUUAAAGAAAUCCUAGUUCUCUUGUCUGAAAUGUAUGCACCAGCUACCUGCUAUCCCAUGUGGAAAAAUCUGGUACUUUAAAUUUCUCAACCUUAGAAUGAGCAUACUAAGUCUCAGACCAUAAUGUGCAGUUGAUGCCAAACCUGCAUCCAAACUGGUUUGGGUUUUCUUUUCUUUUCUUUUUUCUUUUUCUUUUUUAAUCUCUGGUCUUACAGGAUAGUGCACAAUAGCACUACAGAAUCAUCAUCUGCUAAUCAAAUUUCUUUUAAAGCCUGGCACAUUGUUUUCCACCUAUGUUUAUAUGUAAUUCAUAGUGUUUAUCGUAGCUAAAUGAGUUCUGAUUUGAAAAUUUUAUACUAAGCAAAAACCAGUUGCACACAUCUUUUAGUCUUUCUUUUUUUUUUUUUCCUUUGGAAGGAUGAUGAUAUGAAAUUCAAUGUAUGCCUAUUAUUAGGGUGUUAGUGAUGCUGAUAUAUUGUUACCUUUACCAAAAAUACAAAUUUCUGAGCGGGGAAAGCCUUAUUCUACCUUUUGUAAUUCUGUAAUUAGUGAGU